AUGUCCUCGUCUGACAACCCAGUCUCCGGCCAAGCCGCCCUCCAUCGAACCCCCCCCUCCUCCGAUCCGACCUCCGAACGCAUCCUUGGUGCCCUCAAGCCUUUCAUGGCGUCGAUCUGUGGGCCACUUCCCGAGGCUGGAGCCACACGGGCGCGGUUUGGACAUAUCAAGAUCCCGCCCUACCGGCUGCGAGAGCCCAGUCUGAUGGAAUUGAUAGCCACGGCAAUUCCAUCGGCGGGCUAUGCGAGUGAUCUGCGUCCGUUCUUUGUCGUUUCUGACUUUGAGCGGAGCGUGAUUACCCAGGAGGUACAAGCAGAGCUCAACAAGCGUACUUUGCCACCGGUUAUCGCUACUUUUGCCGAAGUCCUACACGCGUUGCGAGGCAGCAGACGUCGUGAGGGGAGUGGUCACGUCUCGUGGGUCCCCUUCAAUAAUCCCAUGGGAUGGGAGAAAAAUAGAUGGAUUCCCCGGAGGGCUAUCAUUGUCAUCCUGCUUGACCCGCAGGUCUCUGCUGAUUGCGCGCUCGCCCUGAUUGGCCUCGUAGAAUGGGUGUUUGAUGUAUGCGUGAACUCAGCAACAAGUCUCCACGUCUUGACAAUGUCAACCGACCCCGGUUAUAACAUUGUCCCAGCCCUAGUCGAGCGUCGAUACCCAGGUAUCGUCAUUGCCGAGCUCAACUUGGCCGCCCUCGCAGACCAGGACCCGUUGGCCGCUGCCCGGGUCAUCAAGGACCAAGAUAUCGCUUCUAGGAUUGACGAAGCGAUGGCCCGAGGUGCCGGAUGCCCUAUCGCCGUCAUAAUGAUCGGAGAAGUGCCUGUAGGUCAGUUCUUGCCUCAAUCUGCGUUUGUUCAAACAAUUCUUCGUGAUACACAACGCAUGCCACAGUUCAACCAGUUCUGUUACCGGAAGGAAGGUCUUUCAAGCAUUUGGGUCCUUGAUCUGAAUGCCAAUUGCCCUCUUCUCCCUACGGCCCUCGAGGGCUAUGAUGAGGUUCACGUCGUUCUUGGCUCCAGUUAUCAGGAUGUUGCCUGGCACCACGGCGUUGGGCAGCUUGCUCUCUUCAACCGUGUCACUGCCCGCGAUGAGCGAAGAGACCAGCUCUGGUGGGCUCACCAGCCAAAUGCAAAGGCAACCUACGUUUACACCGGUGGAAGCAGCAUCGAGGCCUUCCUGGAAGCAGGGUACUAUCGUCAUCGGCUGAUCGAGGAUGCCCAUCUGGGAGGUUUCAUAGCCUCAGUCUUCGAUAUGCAGUCUUGGGGCAUCGAUGCCAAGAGGGUCGUGAGACGCUGCGUGCGAGCCCCAGCUCUUCAUAUGACCAUGGAGAUGUUAGAUCGGCUGAGUGUGCAACGCAUCAUCUCCCAAGAUCGGUUCAUCCUUCCUGGUCUUGAUGCUAAGGCCUUUCGCGCCAUUUUGCCCAUGGUCAACUACGACCACCGCCUUGCCCUGUUUGUGGCCCUUGAUUCUGAAAGCCCAGAUAUUGUGGUGAAGAUGGUGAAGGUCCAAUUGGCAGCCCUUGCUACGUUUGGACUUGAACGUGUUUUUUCGCCCAAGUCCCUCGAACAAUCUCUGUUGGAGCUGACAUUGGCAGAUGAGCAGCUAUUCUCACUGCUUUUUGAGGCAUGCAGGGGGUACGGCCGCCGCCUGGCCCAAACGGGAACUAUGUGGCUAUCUCUGGGUCUCUGGAAACAUUUCCUCAGUGUUCAAUCUGGUCUUGACAAUCCCAGGUUCAAGGCAUUGCAUGACAUCAUUGGCAUGGACAUUGGGGUUGCCCAGCUGGCAGAGAAGCGGGUGACCGAGAUGUGCCGUGCGCUUCAGGCUCAGGGCAUCAAGAUAUCCCCAGCUAUGCAAGUGUCCGAUGAGAGCACGGACAUCGACAAGGAUGAAGUGAGUCAGCUUCAAGCUCAUCUUCUCCGAUCUUUCCUGCAUCAGCUCGUUGGGGGGUAUUGUCCCAGGGCAAGCUCCGAGCUGGCUCACAAACUGGUUGCCACGGAUGCUCAGGUCCACCAAAUUGGCUACGACGAGUCCAUCACAGGCAUCCUCCCUGUCGAUCAGAUACAUGAAGAAGGACCGACCCGAUGCCUCUUUGGUAUUUGCUACCUUCUGCGCAAGGUGCCGGGGAAAGCCAUAAUCUUGGCUUGUGACUGGACACAAAUCCCAGUCAGCGCCGUCUCCGAAUGGAGGGAUAAAAAUGCGCAAGACACAGGCUUAUGUGACGCACUCGCAUCCGGCGUUCAACGCCCGCUACAUAACCUCGAUGAGUGGCAUCCCUCCGAGGACCCUCAGAGCGAGUAG